CGCCGGCGCUGCUUGGUGACGUCAUCCAGCGUGCGUUCCAGGCGCGGACGGAUGACGUCGCAUUAAGGAAGCGGGAGGCGGGCUUCAUUUGAAAAAGUACCCGGUAAAUAAACGGCUGGGAGACUUCUGUGUGACCUUCUCAUCUUCCUCACCUGAUCACACUCGGCCUCAGCCAUGGAUAAGCUGACUUUUCCUCAGUUUCCUGCGGCGGAGUUGGUCAAUUUUUUCCGCCAGAAGGUUCUGACCGGCGCCGAAGCAAAAAAUUUCACCAAGGCCGACAUUUACCCCAACCCUAAGCCAGAAUGGAUCCUGAAGCUCUUCAUGAGAGUCCUGCAGAGAGUGUUCAAUAUCGGUGUGGAGCAGUUCUAUAUGGUGCCGAUGGAUUUAGACAUUCAGUACCCACAUCUUAUGGAAGGCUUCGCUCCUUCGGCUUAUAUUGUGAAACUCAUGGCCCGUUUCUUACCCAUGUGCCUCAUCUAUGACUUCCACCCAUCUGACGUCCUCAAUCCAAAAGGGAAGCGGGCCCUCUACUUGUUGAGCGGAAUUGUAAACUUCCUCCACUUCAGAGUCACCCGGCAGAUGGUCUACACCUCCGUCUGCUUAAGCUACAAAUCUGCUUUGGACAAUAUACACCAACACCAGAAGACUAUUCAGGAGCUGGAGGCAAAAAUUGAAAAACUCACGACUGUCCCACCUGAACAACAAGCAGAAUUCAAAGCUCUCUCCAGUGAUAUUCACGACCUGCAGCAAUCUAUAAACCAGGAAUAUCGCACAAAAGAUCUCGCCCUUCAGGAGAAGAUUGCACACCAAAAAGCCGACUUUGCUGAAAAAAUGAAGAAAGUGAAUCAGAACAAGCUUAACAUCGCCACCAUGAAGGAAGAACAAGACACCAUGAAAUCCCAGAUAGUGGAGUCUCCAGAACAGCGCAAGAACAAGACGGAGAGGAUGAAAGAAAAUGUCCACCGGCUGAAGCAAGCCAGGCAAGAAACGAGCGAGAAGUGCGACCAUUACCGGGAGCGGGUGACUGUGGCCGGUCUGUGGCUGUCUGACGUACAGGCGUAUAACAAGAAGCAGCACAGUAUAGAGACCCACAUGGAGAUAUACAGGAAGAUCCUCGAGGAGUUGAGACAAAAAGAGGAACAAAUCAUGAAUGAGAACAGGGAGAUGAAAUCCAUGGUAAAUGAAGAGUCACAACUAAAAAGAACCAACCUGACCAAGAAAGAGAAACUCGCGAAAAUGGAUAUUAAGAAUCAGAAGAAACAAGAAGACUUCGAGCACCGGAAGAACGAGAUCUUGGAGAUCUGUAGUCACAUUCAAGAGAAGAGACAGGCUGUACACGGACGAGUGUCACACGUCCUCCAAGAAAUCCAGCAAACAACCAGUAGGAAACAGCAGCAAAUCGAAAUGGCCGAAGAGGAGAAGAAGAAAUAUAAAGAUCUUGUAAGCGGCUUUAAAAGCGCCCUGGAGAAAUACCACGAGAGUAUGAUAAAGACCACCAACCAGAGCGGCGAGCGGAGGAGAGAGAAGGUGGCCAAGCUGAACCGGAGACUGAUACGACAAUAGAAAAAUUUCUGGACAUGAAACAUCACAGGCUGCGGCGAUAGCAUCGAGCAGGAAGCUGCGACAAUCAGCAGUACAGUGGGUACAGAGGGAAACGCUCAGGAAGACGCCAUGAUCCCCGGUGACAGAUUGAUCCGAUUGUUUAUAAAGACAGUAAACCACAAAACAACCUCAAGUCUUCAUCUAUUGUUUAUGGUUGCUUAUUUUACGUAAUUCCCACUCCCUUUCGUUUAUGUGCCCGUGUCCUUAAAUAAUACGUAAACUAUACUGUGCAGGACAAUACAUACAUUCAAACACAGAACAUAAGGUUAUCAUCUAUUUAACCCCUUCAAGAUGCAGCUCUUUUGGUCCCUAAGGAUCCAUCGAUUUUUAUUUUCCUUUUGAAAAUUUCGCAAAUUGCUAUGUUUGAAGGCUUCGACAAAGCAAUUUGCGAAAUGCAUUGGUGUGGUGGGACACUGGGGUCUUUGGCUGACGCUGUAUGUACCUGUUGUAAAUUUUUACUGUUUUGCCA